AUGCUUGGAAAAUCUAAUGAAACAUUAUCACAAGCCAGAGAUUCAUUUUAUGAUGAUGAUGAUGAUGAAAAUUCAACAGUACCAGCAACACCAGUUAUAUCAUCAAUACGUAUAGUAACGUCUAAACCACCUAUUCAUCGUCAACAAAGUCAAAGUAAUAGUUCAUCUUCACCAUCAUCAUGUUCUUCUGAUCAUGAUGUAACAGAUGUAUCAUCACUUGGUGGUGAACAUCAUCAAAUACAACAAAAACAAAAACAUGAAGAUCAUCGACGAAAAUCAGAUCAUGAUCAACAUCAUCCAUUUCAUCUUCAAUCAAUGAGACAUGUUUUAUUAGGUUCAUCAGUUCCAACUAGUCGUCCACCAACUCCUGUACAUCCUCAAGAAGAAUUAAAUAAAAAACAUGUUCGAAUUAUUACUGAUGAAACAGAUAAAAAACAUCAUCAUCAUCAUCAUCAUCAUCAACAGCCUUAUAUUCAUGGUCAUACAAAAGAUUAUCGUCGAGUUCGUUUAACAUCAUCAGCAAUUAAUCGUCAAAAACAACAACAAAAAAUUGAACGUGAAAAUUUGAAAAUCUUAGAACGUCUUCAACAUACUCGUCCAACACGUUCUCUUAAACGUGAUGAACUUCUAUCUCAUUAUGAUCGUCAAAUGGGUUAUGUAUCAUAUCCACCAUCACCAAUACCAUCACAGAUUCAUCUUAAUAGUCGACCAUCAAGUGCCACGAUAAUGUCUUCGACAUUUUCUACAUCAGGAAGAAAAUCAAAUAAUCAAAGUCGACCUUCUUCUGCUUCACAUGCAAUGAAUAGUAAUAAUGUACGUUCUCGUCCAGCAUCAGCUUCAACAUCAAUACAUGGUAGUAGUCGUUCAUCAUCAGCACGACGACCAAUAUGGAAUGAUCGUUGGCAACGACAUGAAUGA